CAAGGAUUUAUUUAUGACUGCGGAAACUGCAACCAUCUUACAGUAAUUUGAAUCUCAAGCAAAAUUCUUGCUGAAGAUUCUUUGUCAUUCCGCCGCCGAGACUGGACUAUACCUAGUAACAUUCAAAAGAAAUUUAAACUAUCCAGUGUUUAAUCGGAGUUAUGGCGGAGAAGAACGGAAGCGGCGGCGAAAGCCCUCUUGAGCUAUUCCUAAAGAUAGGUUUGGAUGAACGGACGGCGAAGAACACAGUCGCGAACAACAAAGUUACAGCUAAUCUGACUGCUGUGAUCCAUGAGGCAGCUGUAACUGAUGGUUGUGAUAGAAGCACUGGGAACAUGUUAUACACGGUUGCGACAAAAUUUCCAGCAAAUGCUCUUGUACAUAGACCCACAUUGCUGAAGUAUAUUGUCUCAUGCAAGAUCAAAACCUCUGCUCAGUUGGACGCUGCAUUCACGUUUCUUAUGGCUAAUGCUUCGGAGUCUUUGAAGGUCAAUGAAUUUGAGGAGGCUUGUGGUGUUGGAGUUGAAGUGUCUACGGAAGAAAUAGAGCUCAUAGUUCAUGACAUUUUUGAAGAGAACAAGGCCAAGAUAUUGGAGCAGCGUUACAGAACAAAUGUUGGUGAACUAUUUGCUGCUGUUCGUAAGAAGCAGCCAUGGGCAGACCCUAAAAUAGUCAAGCAACUUAUAGAUGCAAAAUUGGUUGCAUUACUUGGAGAAAGAACUGCUGAAGAUGAUGAGAAACCUGUUAAAAAGAAGAAAGAAAAGCCUGCCAAAGUUGAGAGUAAAGCUAGUACAGAGGAGGUGCCUGCACCGAGUCCAUCCGAGGAUGAAAUUAAUCCAUUUUCAAUUUUUCCAUCCCCAGAGGAAAACUACAAGGUACACACAGAAAUAUACUUCAGUGACAGGCCUAUCCGUAGAGUAUGCAAUACAAAGGAACUACUUGAAAAGCAUUUGAAAUCAACUGGUGGAAAAGUUUUUACACGGUUUCCUCCUGAGCCAAAUGGAUAUCUACACAUAGGCCAUGCCAAGGCAAUGUUUAUUGAUUUUGGAUUGGCAAAAGAGCGAGGUGGAUGCUGCUAUUUGAGGUAUGAUGACACCAAUCCGGAAGCUGAAAAGAAAGAAUAUAUUGAUCAUAUUGAAGAAAUUGUAAGAUGGAUGGGAUGGGAACCCUUUAAGAUUACUUACACUAGUGACUAUUUUCAAGAACUUUAUGAGCUUGCUGUGGCAUUGAUACAAAAUGGCCAUGCUUAUGUUGAUCACCAGACGCCUGAAGAGAUAAAAGAGUACAGGGAGAAAAAAAUCAAUAGCCCAUGGAGAGAUCGGCCAGUCAAAGAAUCUUUAAGACUGUUUGAUGAAAUGAAGCGUGGCAUGAUUGAAGAGGGAAAAGCAACACUACGGAUGAAACAGGACAUGCAAAGUGAUAAUCCAAACAUGUAUGACUUGAUCGCUUAUCGUAUCAAGUUCACUCCACACCCACAUGCGGGGGAUAAAUGGUGCAUCUAUCCAAGUUAUGAUUACGCCCAUUGCAUAGUUGAUUCUCUUGAAAACGUUACUCAUUCGCUAUGCACUCUUGAAUUUGAGAUCCGCCGUGCUUCAUAUUAUUGGUUAUUGGAUGCUCUAGGUCUCUACAAACCUUUUGUAUGGGAGUACUCACGUCUGAACAUAACUAACAAUGUGAUGUCUAAGCGUAAGUUAAACCGUCUUGUAACUGAAAAAUUGGUUGAUGGGUGGGACGAUCCUCGUCUUAUGACUCUAGCUGGAUUGGGCCGUAGAGGUGUGACUCCAACUGCAAUUAAUGAUUUUGUCCGUGGAAUUGGGAUCACUAGAAGUGACCACAGUGUGAUACGUUUGGAUCGUCUUGAGCAUCAUAUUAGAGAAGAACUAAAUAAAACAGCACCUAGAGCAAUGGUUGUCCUUAAUCCACUAAAGGUUCCCUUUUCCAAGGUUAUAUACAUUGAGCAUUCUGAUUUUAGGAUGAAGGACUCCAAAGAUUAUUAUGGUCUUGCUCCUGGGAAAUUUGUGCUUCUCAGGUAUGCCUUUCCUAUCAAGUGCACAGAAGUAAUUUUGGGUGACGAUAAAGAGACUGUUAUUGAGCUUCGGGCAGAGUAUGAUCCAUCCAAGGCAGUCAAACCAAAGGGGGUUCUUCAUUGGGUUGCUGAACCAUCACCUGGAGUAAAUCCACUUAAGGCCAAAGUGAGAUUGUUUGAGAAAUUGUUCCUUUCUGAGAACCCCGGUGAACUUGAUAAUUGGCUUGAUGAUUUAAAUCCACACUCCAAAGUUGUGAUGCCAAAUGCGUAUGCAGUUCCUUCACUAUGCAAUGCGGCAGUUGGAGAUAAAUUUCAGUUCGAAAGGCUUGGCUAUUUUUCCGUUGACAAGGACUCAACUGCACAGAAAUUGGUGUUUAACCGAACGGUCACACUGCGCGAUAGUUAUGCUAAAAGUGGAGGAAAGUAAGAUUUCCAAUUGAUUAGACACUGUUCAAUGUCAAAUACUUUUCAAAGAGACGACUUUGAGAUCUUAAUUUUAUUUGCAAUUCUUGGUUGUUAAUUGCCACCAGCUACCUCUGCUUCUUUCCCAGCAGAGGUGCAAUUGUCAUCUGCUGGGGAUAAUUAUAUCCGUAGUUUUCCAUUUUUGAGGGUCAAGCUUUUGCCUUUUCUCCCUUAGUUGUGUUUUUUUUAGUUGUUUUGUGUAAUGAAAAUCUUUAUCCGCA